UUCACGCAUUCGAACGACGACAACGAUCACCACGAGAACGAAAACGACGAGCACUUGGAUGCAACUUUGAUUGUUUAUUUAUAACUUAUUUUUUAAAAGCCCGUUUUAAUGCACACGGGCAGGACUCUCGAGUGGAAGCUCUUUUUUAUUCCACGUGACAUCAAACUGUUCUACGUUCGCGUGACACUUGCGGUGAUCCAACAAUAAUAACAUCAUUGUUUAUUUAUCAUCUUUAUUAUUACUGAGUGAAUUGCCACGACUUUGUUGGCGGCGUUUUUCGCCACCGCUACCGGAGACUUGCUCCUGGAUCAUGAUGGCUAAGACGUGCAAUCAAAAAAAGAACGUGUACAGCAUCGAUCAGAUAUUGGGUCACGCCAAAGACGAUGAUCACACCAGACCCACGGAAAUCGUUCUUUGCUCCGGCGGCACAAAUCUCCGAUUGGACGAUCACCCCAUGGACGAGUCUCCCGAUAUGAAUCCGGAGUCUGACCGACCCAGAAAAGUGCGUCGAUCUCGUACGACCUUCACCACUCAACAGCUCCAUGAACUUGAGAGCGCUUUUGAGAAGACGCAGUAUCCUGACGUCUGCUUCAGGGAAACCCUCGCCUGCAGAUUGUCACUUUCCGAGGCACGAGUCCAGGUUUGGUUCCAGAAUCGUCGUGCUAAAUGGCGCAAGAAGGAAAAGUCUCUUGGCCGAGACACAAACUUCCUUCAGCCUGAGCCCGGAAAUGUUCGAGCGCUUUGUAUGCCAGGCGGUGAUCUUGGAGGGCCGCCGCUGUUUCCCUGGUUCUCAUCAAUAUUCGCGUCGAAUCCUUGGCCAACGAAUCCCCAGAAAGUCUCGUCGUUUCACGCCUUUUUUUCGCAAUAUUUACCUUACGCUGAAAACUUGGCUACUUUGAGGUCGAUAUUACCUGGAGUGGGUUUCGACGCGCUCAACGGUUUGAAUCACAGCGCACAUGCAGCGAGAGCGCACCAUCCUUUGAGUCCAAGUCAGCAGCAGCAGCAGCAGCAGCAGCAGCAGCAGCAGAAUUCACACCCGUUGAAUCUCGGUAUGCAAAAUAUGCCACAAAAUUUGAGCUCGAAAUAUUCGGAGUCUCGAGACUCCGACGACGCAGGCUCAGGCUCGGAGGACGGCAUGAGAAGACAAAGUGCCGAAGUUCUCAGAGUCAAGGCUCAGGAAGUUUUACGGGAAGCUGAAAAUUAAUUGUUACGCUUUAAGUUACAAGAAAAUUCAGCGUCCGCGAGUAACAAUAACAUUUGAGCCAUAGAAAAAGUGGUUUUUGUUUGUAAAUAUAUACAGUCACGAGAAUUAGCAUUCAUUUGAAAAUUUGAGAGCACUGAGAGACGAAUUUAUUUGAUGUUAACCAACAUUUUUCAUCCACUUUUAUUAUUAGUGAAUUUCGUAAACGCUUUUCCGAUAUCUGUCCAGGCUUCGGAGCAAUUUGUCACGAGUUCGUCGCAGCAUGAGUUGUUGUUUUCAAAUUUCUUUCCAUUUCAGCUCAAUUUUUUUUCACUCAUUCAUUCGCAUUUUUUUUCGAUUUUCACGAAAUUCGGUAAUAAUAAUUGCAUCAACAUCAACGUAGCCUCUUUUUUCAGCAUGCGUAAGGUUUAACUUUGCGGACCUAAAAUACGCGUGAGUGAAACGAAAUGAAAAAACAUUGAAAAAAAAGCAUGAACAAUGAAUGGAUGGACGGAUGUGAAAAAUACAUAAUGCAUUUAUCUAGUGCUAGCAAACACAGGGGCUUGACCAAAACUUUCGAGGACAAGCGUAAAGUUGAAAUUCGAGCCUUUUUUUGACAGCAGUAAAUAUUGUGACGUGUAUUAUGACAAUCCUGACGCAAAAUUUAGCCAACAGUGAAGCAAAAUUGUAAAUAUUUGAGUUAAGUAUCGAUGAGAAUUUCGUUUGGAAGCGACGAGGGUUGCUGGAAGAUCGAGCGAAGGAAAAGAAAUAGCGAAAAAUUGGGUUUAUCGAAGUUUGUGAACGAACAGAAUUUGUGGCUGGACGCGUGUGGAAGAUUCUCAAAAUUCGUGACCAUUUGAAAUGAACUCUACCAUUGACGAGUGAAUUUGACGAGCCAAACGAAUUUGAUAUUUCGAGGUUUCUUUUUGCAACGACCGGUCAGAGGCCGCUGGCGGUCUCUCAUGACACGAAAUUAAAUUUCAGAAUUGAUUAAUGCAUUCGAGCAUCAUUGGAUCGUCGUCGAAUAAACGUGGAUCGCGAGAAUGUUGUACGUCGUCAAGCACCAAAUUUGAUUUGCAUUUGUACGUAAACACCUCGAAAUUUGACGAAACAAGAGCUUUAUCGAAUAUUCGAUUUUCAUGGCUUAUUUCAAUGUCCUUCGAAUCACGUUCAAGUAUGUUCGGGUUUUUUAAAGAGCCUCGCCGUCUGUGCACGACAGACGACACGACCAUGGGCUUCUCCACGCUCUGUCUCCGGUCAAUUAUUAUUUAUUCCAAAAAAUUUCAAAAUUCUCGCAAAAUUUCGUAUAAUCGUGAAUUUAUAAUCUUCCAAAAUGUUCUAAUGCGAUUUAUUCAAUUUUUUACUUCUAACUUCAAAUCAUCUUCAGCUCGAGAUGAACCAUUUUUCUGUGAAGAAAUACACUUUCAUUGAUCAGCUUCAAGUAUGAGGGGCGUGUCAACAUUCGAGAAUUUUUGAGUGGAAUUCACUCAUGAAUAAUACUGAUUAUUAACAGCAAAAAUGCUGAUCUUCGAAACCAUCGUUUCAAACAAAACGAUCAAUGAUCUUCACAGUUAUUUUCAAUCGUUAGUUUUUUCAAUUCCUUUUAGAUUUUGACGUCUUUGUAAAUAUGAAUAUAUCGAUAUGAAAGUGAUGAUACGAUGCAAUGAAGAGUUGUCUAAAGUUUCAUUCGAAUUACCUUUUGCUACACUCCAUUUUUCUCAUCUUUGUACAAAGUACGAAAAAACGAUUCCGAGUCGAAAUUCUGUGCUCCGUCCCAACCAGAAAUACCCGAAAAUUCCCAAGUUCUAAAACCUCGAUUACACUUUUUGAAAUUAGCGAAAAAGCUUAAAAAAAACGAGUUGUUCGAUGGUAUCUGGAAUUUCGACUUGGAACGAGCCCCCGACUAUCGAGCUGUUCUUAUUCACGACAAAUUGUGUAAGACACGAGUAAAAACUCUCAAAAAUCACACCGGGUUUGGCUGCUGGAGGCGAAAUCGAGUUACGUUUUUCCAGGAAAAACACCGAAUUAUCUCAACUCGAAAACUGGGAGAUCGACGAUAAACACGACACUCCGCUCCGAGUGUCAAAAAGCUCAUGUGUCAUGCUCGAGGGUUCAUUUUUGCAGAUUCUGCUGUAGUUUUAACCGAAAAGUGUUAAUCAAGCGACAUAUAAAGAUCGAGAAAGAGGGAGAGACGAAUUAUUCUCAAAGUUAUUCUAUAAAAAUAAAUGAAAGAAAAAACAAACAUA